AUGCAGACCUUCAGCACCGAGGCCAGCACGUUGAGAAACAGCAGGAAGCGCAGCAGCAAGAAGCUCUCAAAAGGAAUUUCACCCAUCAUCUUGCUUUUGCUCAAAAUCUGGAAGUCCCGCUCGUGUGCCGGGAUUUCGGGGAAGAGCCAGGUCCUGUUUGCCGUGGUCUUCACUGCCCGCUACCUGGACCUUUUCACCAACUACAUCUCCCUCUACAACACGUGCAUGAAGGUGGUCUAUAUCGCCUGCUCCUUCACCACAGUCUGGAUGAUCUACAGCAAGUUCAAAGCCACUUACGACGGGAACCAUGACACCUUCCGGGUGGAGUUUCUGGUUGUGCCCACAAUGGUGGCCCCUGGCAAGCAUGUGGAGCUGACUCCCGUUCCCUCACCCAUUCAUUCAGGCAUCGAAUAUGUGCCAGGCAUUGUGCCAGGGGUGGAUGAGAGUACACGUGGCGUGGGCCGGGCGCUUGUUGGCACAGAGGGCGUGCUGGUCGGCAUUGCUGUCCCCUCUCCCCCCCACAUCCCUGCCUGCACCCAUGCUCUCUCCCGCCCCCGGCAGAUCCUCUGGACCUUCUCCAUCUACCUGGAGUCAGUGGCCAUCCUGCCGCAGCUCUUCAUGGUGAGCAAGACGGGCGAGGCGGAGACCAUCACCAGCCACUACCUGUUCGCGCUGGGCGUCUACCGCACGCUCUACCUCUUCAACUGGAUCUGGCGCUAUUACUUCGAGGGCUUCUUUGAUCUCAUCGCCAUCGUGGCCGGCCUGGUCCAGACGGUCCUCUACUGCGAUUUCUUCUACCUCUACAUCACCAAAGUUCUGAAGGGGAAGAAGCUGAGUUUGCCGGCGUAGCCCUGGUCCUCACCAUCUCUCUCCCUGGCAGCGGAGGACGGUGAUGGGGGACGAAGAGCCUUCCUGUCCAGGGGUGACUUUUUUAAGAACCAACUUUUCCCCACUCCCCACCUUCCUCCUGCCGGGUUCCAGGGGGCGGUGGAGGACCCAAGACUUGGGGACGCUCAGGACCUGGGCUGUUUGUAGUUUUUUGCCUUUUAGAGAAGAAAAAAAAAAAUCUUUCCACGAUUUAGUUUUUGAUUCUGAUGACUCCUUUCUCUUCUACUCUCUGGCCCCGAUUUUUAUAAACCGUUUCAAGUAUUCUGUAUGAGGGGGGGCGGAGGGGCAGGGAGGGGAGAUCUUUUCUCUCUCCCAAGCCCCUUAGCUCCCUUCCAGACCCUACUCCCAGCCCCACUGUUUGCCAAACACUAAAUCUCCCGACACGGCCUUCCCGACCCCCCCACCUCCCACCCAGGACACAGCGCCUGCCCCCCAAACUUCUGGGCUGGGGGUAGGCGGAGGGGAGGAAUGGUCCGCCCUGAUUUUUCAUAAUCUCCCCCAGAGUUGGGGGUUUUUAGUCUAGUCCUCGUUUUUUGGGCAUUUAGGGGGCUGGCUCCAGGGUCGCCGUGACUCUGCCACCAUGUUUUUUGUACAGAAUGGAUGGUUGAUUCUUUGUUCUCUUGAAAUAAACCGAGGAAAAUGAUGCCUCUCUUUUGCUA